UUCUUGUAGAUAUUCAUCAUGACAGAUAGUAUUUUGAGCAAAGCUGCCACUAUGGAAAUCCCCAUCAGCAGUAAUGGGGACAGCAGGAUGGCGGAGGAUGACAGUCUUGAGCAGGGAGCACAGAUUGGUGGGAGCUUAGAUGAAAUUGUAGGCACACUGCCAGUGGCCAUGGACUUGCAGCAGGUGAUGGUGUCUGGACCAAACCUGAAUGAAACCAGCAUUGUGUCUGGAGGCUACGGAGGGGCAGCAGAGGGCAUCAUACCCACCAGUUCCAUCAAAGGACCAGCUAUACGUUUCAACCCGGAGUAUUUUGACAGAAGAUGUGGCAACGCGCCCAAACCAGACAUCCGCUCCAAAUCCAGGGGCAUCACUCCCAGCCAUUCAGCUGCCAGUCGGAUAGCAAACCAGCCAGGAUAUUACCCAGCUCCCAGCAUGCACCACAGCAACAGCAACCCAUCCAUGAUGUCAGAGGAGGCCACAAAAGGAGUAGCUGUAGAGAAACUUGACAGCAUGAAAAAGUGGAGUAUUAACACGUACAAGUGCACAAAACAGAUGUUUUCGGAGCACUUCGGUCGUGGAACGAAGACUGUGGACAUGGAGCUUGAGGCUCAGAUUGAUGUGCUAAGAGAGACUAAAAUGAAGUACGAGCAUAUUCUGAGACUAGCACGUGAGCUCACCAACCACUUCUACAACAUGGUGCAGACUCAGCAGGCUCUUGGAGACACCUUUGCUGAUCUUAGCCAGAAAUCACCAGAAUUGCAGGAUGAGUUUGGCUAUAAUGCAGAGACGCAAAGACUGCUAUGCAAGAAUGGAGAGACGCUCCUGGGUGCCAUCAAUUUCUUUGUGUCCAGCAUUAAUACACUAGUCAACAAAACCAUGGAGGACACACUCAUGACCAUCAAGAUAUAUGAGAGUGCAAGACUGGAGUUUGAUGCCUACAGGACCGACCUGGAGGAGUUGAGCGUGGGUCCGCGGGAUGCUGCAGCCAUGGUGCGCAUUGAGAUGGCUCAACAGCAGUACCAAAUCCAUAAAGACAAGUAUGAACGACUGCACAGUGAUGUCAGCAUCAAACUCAAGUUCUUGGAGGAGAAUAAGGUAAAGGUGAUGCACAAACAGCUCCUACUGUUUCAUAAUGCUGUCUCUGCGUAUUUCGCUGGAAACCAGCAGCAGCUGGAACAGACUCUCAGACAGUUCAAUGUGAAAUUGAAGCCACCGGGUUCUGACAAGCCAUCGUGGCUUGAGGAACAGUGAUCACUUUGUCGAUGUAAAGAGACACUCAAACAUGGAAACCUGAAAAUGGAUGGACGGGGAUGUAAAAGUGAUUCGUAUGAAUGAUUAAGACAAAAGAAGUAGAUGUUUUUAAGUUGCCAAACCUCGGAAAGAGGUCCGGUUUAUUUAAAACCAGAACGUCUUCAAAUGAAUAUAAAUUUUUAUCCAAAUGGCUUAUGGAAACUAACUGUGGUUACGUUUUACACCUGCCUUAACUCACCAUCUCGUAUACAUUUAAAGUAAAAUGUCACAAAAUUACAAUAGAAAUUAAUCACAUCACUCACUUUCUGUAAAAACAUUCACAUAUUCUGAGGCAUUCAUAGUCAUAUUUAUCCAGUGAGCACCUCCCAGUUCAGUUUAUAUACUUUGUUUUAUCUCGAUAGAGUAGAGCUGAAAGGAAUGAAUGUUGUGCUUGUGCGUUUGUUUUUAACGUGUGGUUGUUUGGAGGAGGAUUGGAUCAUGUUAUAAGAAUGAAAAAUUGCUCACGGUAUGUGUCAUAAGAAGGUUAAUAGUAUAUUUAUAUUUAUGUAAAUUGUGAAGUCCCAUCUAUGAAAUUCAAACACAUUUGAAAGUGACAGAAUCUAAUGAUUUUGUAUUGUGAUACUCAUCUUGUCUUGUGUGUCUCUACUACUUUUACUGCCACAAGGCUUGGUUUCACUGUGGGAAUCAAAUUGGAUUAUGCAUUGUUAAGGGAUAGAAGAGCUUCUGUGCUUUAACAAGAAUGUGUUACAUCUGCAAUUAAAUUGUAUUUGUGUUGCACAAUUUUUGAUAUUGAUUCAGCCUGGUAUUUUAUCUCCUUAAAAUACUCUCAGCUAACAGACUUCUUCUUUUUGCAGAGACUGUCUACAAGGGACUUUUCUCUUACU